CUUUGCUGGAAACGAAUGAACUGUUGCUGUUUCAUCGGGCGUUUGUGUUUUUCAUUCAGAGACAAAAUGCUCCAAACAAGUGACAACAAGAUACACGUGGCCAAUAACCUCAUGGACAUGGAGCAGGACCCUCGCAAACAGCUCUGCUUUACUGACGGGCGAAGGAAAGUGGACUAUGUGCUGGUCUACCACUACCGAAAACGUUCCUCUAUCAGGGGGUCCCCUAGUCAGCAUAGACUGUCCAUUAUCUCAAAUGGUAGUUACCCUUUAGGAGUGGAGGACAAAGACUUGGAUGAACCCACGGAGGUGGUGGUGGACAUUGGACCUCCAGACCCUGCUGAUGGGGAGAAGAUCAUGAUCCGAGAGGAGUUUGAGGGCAAUUUAAAGGACGCAGGGCUGGAAAUAGAGCGUGAUGAAGAGAACAAGAUCCAUGGUCAUGCCUUCAUCAGGCUUCAUGCUCCUUGGCACGUUUUGAGCAGAGAAGCAGAGUUUCUCAAGAUCAAGGUGCCCACAAAGAAGAGUUUUGAGUUGAGAGAAGAUAACGGUCUGGCUGCCACCAUGAAUGAAGUGUGGCGUAAGAUAAAUCAGCCAUUUCAACCAAACGUCCCCCAUCAGGAGGAAGAGCACAGCCGGACCAAAUUUCUCUCACACUGCUUCUCCCGGGACAAGCUCCACCUGUACAACAUCAAUUCAAAGGACACGUUCUUCGACAAUGCCACAAGGAGCCGAAUUGUGUAUGAAAUCCUCAGACGCACGGCCUGCACCCGGACCUGCCAAACCAUGGGUAUCACCAUGCUAAUAGCUAAUGGUGUUUAUGAUUCAGCAUUCCCAUUGCAUGAUGGUGACUUUCGUCCCAUUGGACAAGCUGAGGGAAAGAACGACAGACAGUUGUUACAUGAUGAAUGGGCAAGAUACGGUGCUUUUUACAAGUAUCAGCCUGUUAAUCUUAUCAGGAAGUACUUUGGGGAGAAGAUUGGUCUCUACUUUGCCUGGCUUGGUCUCUAUACUCAACUGCUGAUCCCUGCAUCUGUGGUGGGCAUCAUUGUGUUUUUCUACGGCUUGGCAACUGUGGAAACAAACAUACCCAGCCAGGAGAUGUGUUACGAAGAUCAGAACUUCACCAUGUGUCCUCUCUGCGACCGGGCAUGUGACUACUGGAAUCUGAGCACAGCUUGUGGCACAGCGCGUGCCAGCCAUCUCUUUGACAACCCAGCCACAGUGUUCUUUGCCAUUUUCAUGUCCCUCUGGGCUGCAAUGUUUUUAGAGCACUGGAAGCGCAGACAGAUCAGUCUGAACUAUAGCUGGGAUUUGACGGGCAUGGAGGAGGAGGAGGAACAUCCCAGACCCAAAUACGAAACGAUACUCCUUCAGAAGAGGCAGAGGAAGAAGAAAAAUAAGAUGAGCAAAAAUGAGUCUGAGAGAGGUGUGGAAGAGAGCGGGGAGCUGGGCAAGGACAAAUGGAGACAGAGGUUACUUUCAGCCAUGGCUGCUGGGAAUCCGCAUGGACAUGAGACACUAACAUGGAGGGACAGACUGCCUGGAUAUCUAAUCAACAUUUCCUCCAUUCUCUUCAUGUUUGGUGUGACAUGCUCUGCCGUGUUCAGUGUCAUCAUUUACCGCAUCACUAUCUCCACUCUCAUGGCAAUGAGCCCAGAUCCAGAGGUCAAGUCUAACGUGCGGGUGACCGUCACAGCCACUGCUGUUAUCAUCAAUCUGGUGGCCAUUCUCAUUCUAGAUGAGAUCUACGGCAUGGUGGCUGUCUGGCUCACCGAACUGGAGAUCCCCAAAACAGAGACGAACUUUGAGGAGCAGCUGAUUCUGAAGGCUUUCCUCCUGAAGUUCAUGAAUGCUUAUGCACCCAUCUUCUAUGUGGCCUUCUUCAAAGGAAGGUUUGCAGGCCGCCCUGGUGACUAUGUUUAUGUCUUCAAUGACUACCGUAUGGAAGAGUGUGCUCCUGGUGGCUGCCUGAUUGAACUCUGCAUUCAGCUCAGUAUCAUCAUGCUGGGGAAGCAGCUUAUUCAGAAUAACAUCUUCGAGAUUGGCAUUCCAAAGCUGAAGAAGCUGUGCCGCACGCUGAAGGACAAGGAACAUGCCCCCAAAGAGAUUGUAGAGCAGCCGGGUCGCUUCCAACAGUGGCAUCUAGACUACGACCUAGAGCCAUUUGACGGUCUUACACCUGAAUACAUGGAGAUGAUCAUUCAGUUUGGUUUCGUUUCACUAUUUGUGGCUUCAUUCCCUUUGGCUCCACUUUUUGCCCUCCUAAACAACAUCAUUGAGAUCCGUCUUGACGCCAAGAAGUUUGUCACAGAGCUUCGCAGGCCGGAUGCCGUGAGGGCCAAAGAUAUUGGUAUCUGGUUCAACAUCCUGAGUGGUAUGGGCAAAUUCUCAGUCAUCAUCAAUGCCUUUGUCAUCUCCUUCACGUCAGAUUUUAUCCCUCGUCUGGUCUACCAGUACAUGUACAGCGAGACGGGCACCAUGCAUGGCUUCAUCAACCACACACUCUCUUACUUCAAUGUCAGCAACUUUAAAGCAGGAACUGUACCAACCAUCUCCAGUCUCGGCAAACACAUCACAGUCUGCAGGUACAAAGACUACAGAGAACCACCAUGGUCGUCCGAGCCUUACCAGUUCUCCAAACAGUACUGGUCUGUUCUAGCGGCUCGGUUAGGCUUCGUCAUCUUGUUCCAGAACCUUGUGAUAACCAUGAGCAUGCUGGUGGACUGGGUGAUCCCAGACGUGCCCAAGAACAUCAGCGAGCAGCUGAAGAAGGAGAAGACCCUUCUAGUGGAUGUCUUCUUGAAUGAGGAAAAGGAGAAGCUUCAGCUCAUCCAGAGCUUGUUCUCCAAAGACCUGACCCAAGAACAGCAGGAGGAGCUGCCGGCCUCAAAUCAAACCUCUCGGCUCCUCCAGCAAGCCCACCCUGGCCCGUCCCUGCCCACACCUGCCCUGUCCCCGGCCCCACCCCUGUCCUCCACGUCCCCUCACACCCGCCCCCGAGCGGCAAGCUUCAGCCAAUUCAUCUGUCAAAUGUCUCCCCACAGUGACAUCACCCAACAUACAGCCUUUGACGGAGGUCAGAGUGAGAGGACGGAUGCGAGUCUACCAGCAGAAUGUCUUUAAGAGUGCCUGAACACUGGAUUUUGAGGAUUCGAAGAGGGAAGAAAGUUGUGUUUGAAGUUUUGGGAAUACGGUGCCCAAUUUUACGUGGAACAAGAGAGAUCGCCCUUGUUUUGGUUACAGAACUGUGUUUUAAUGUCUGUCUGCAGGCUCCACGUCUGGUUUUCAAACCCUCAGAUGGCCGUUUUGAGGGAUGUCUGACAUUAACAUUGCCACAGAGCUGAACUUCAAUAGGACCGCUUGCAGAUGCAAUCACUCCGUAUGCAUUGCAAUUUGAUGGUCCCACUUCCAAGGGGCCUCUUGAAGUCCUUGGAAUGUUAUUUUUUCACCGAUUUAUUCUUCAAUGGUCUUAAAUGAGGGUUUUUGUCAAUAAAACUGUAUGUCAGUUACAUACAGACAUUGCAUAAUCUGUUCAUUCUGUCCAAAAGCAAACUGCUUUGCACAUUGUUCAUGAUAUGUAGCAUAUAAUGGCAAAUAAUAACCUUUCAUUUUCUUAGGUAACAGCAUUACUGUAGGCUGUAUUUGUGCUCAUUAAUUUGGCUGUUCUUGGUUUACUGAAGAGUAUGAUACAUGUUAAUUUAACUAAGGUGCAAAAAACAAAAAAAAUGUAUGUGCAAUGAUACUACAAUUUAUUCUGUGAUAUAAAACGUGGGGCUGAAAUGUACUGUUUUGUCUAUUGAAAGAUCCAGCCCUCUCGUAAUGUAACAAAUGAACUGACUUUCAAUGUACAAGAACAAUUAAGGCAAUAUGUAAUUAAACUCAUGUUUUGUCAAUCCACAUAUUUAUGCUAUGCCUUCUGAUGAUGUACAGGGCUACUACUGUAGAUUUAGAUCACACAGCA